AUGACACUGGACGAACCUUCUGUCCAGCUCAAUGCCGAGCUGCAAUCCUCGAUUACACGCGCGCUCGCGUCGCGACGACCCAUUCUCCACCAUUUGAAUGCCGACACGUCGUGGCUACUUCAAAUACCUCGACCUCACAAUGCUGUCAAAAGAGGCGCACGCUUCUACUACAAUAUUCUGAUCGAUCCGUGGUUGCGAGGCGGCCAGAGCGACGUGGCAACAUGGUUUUCGCAACAGACGCAUGCGACUGAGAGCGCCGUUCAAUCUAUCAAAGAGUUGGAAGAGUUGAUACAGAGGAAUGAAGACCUCACAACCAGCUUGCGGCCUGAACCUGGGAGCCGGAGGAAUACAGAGUCGGAGGAGCAUAUUGGAGGCUUUGAAAAUCUCAUCGACGCGGUUGCUGUCUCUCAUGAGUUUACAGACCAUUGCCACAAGGAUACUCUGCUUGAGAUCCAUCCGGAUGUUCCUGUGUUCGCAAUUAAAGAGGCCGCGAAGCUGAUUGAGAGCUGGCGACACUUCAGAACAGUGACCACGGUCAAUGGCUUCGGUGUGGACAGCGAUACCGAUUGGCGCAGUACGAGUCUGCCUCCACUCCCAGAAUGGAUAGGAAUCAGCCGGCUGUUGCAGGUGGAUGAUGUGUUGAACUAUCAUGCCGCACUGAUGAUCACCUUCAACAAUAGGCACGGCAAUGCGCAAUCAAAGCUUGCGAAAACCAAUGGGUUUAUGAAGAAUGGCACGCGCAAGAGGCAUCACUCCGCGAUUGAGCCCAACGAGGACGAGGAAACCGCCGAGGCAGUCGUCUAUACGCCACAUGGUAUGCAUAGCGGGGAUCUCACUUUGAUACCAGAGGCACAGCCCUCGAUUACCACGCUCGCGUUCUUGCACGGACUGCACAAUGUACGAGUCGGUACGGCCAGCGGCAAAACUGCAUUGCAGUCAAAUCUCGGCGCUCAUAAUGGACUCAAGGCGCAGCGCAUACUAAAUGCGAACUACUGGAUUGGCACUCACGACGAGAUCAAGAAAGGAGGAGGGUUGGUGGCAUGGUUUCUUCAAAGAGACGAGUUGACAUUGAAAGAUGCUUUGGAUCAAGAGAGAAAGUCACGAAAGGAUGGCGAAAAGGGCAUGGCGAGGGGCGAAUUGGGUAAAGUUCUGGAUUCGUUCAAUGAUACCAACUGGUGUGACUUACGGAAUGGCGAGAGCAAGAUACUUCUAUAG